UAUCAUUCUUUUUUAUUUUAUUUACUGGAGAUUAUGGCUGAAAGAGACAAUCCAAAAACUUAUUAUAACCAAGCAGAAUACACUGGAGCAGCCAAAACGUCCAAACCUGACGAUACCUCUUAUCCUCCUCCACCACCUUAUUCAAAUACUCAACCUGGCGCUCCUUCUUCUUCUUCUUCAGCUUACUCACCAUCCGCUCCACCUUCAACAUAUGCGUCUGCACAAGAAUAUCCAAGCUAUGGUUCUCUUGACCCAAACAGACCUGGUUUAUUGGAUUCUCGAACUAAUCCUUAUUCUUCGCCUUUACCACGAACAUCUCCUCAACAACAUUAUCCUUAUCCUGGUAUUCCUGAUGUCAACUCAACUACUUCCACACCUACUACUCAUUACAAUCCUCAUAUUCCUCGUGAUUGGAUACCAGACGGAGGUUAUAACAAGUCUUCAUCAACACCGCAACAACAAUCAUAUCCUGACGCCAAUCCAUCCUCUCCUAGAUCUCGUAUCAAUAUACCUGAAUAUGCACGACAAGCAAUGGAUAACAGUGAUCCUGGAUGCUGCAAGAAAUGGUGCAAAUACAUCCUUGUUGCACUUUUAAUUUGGUUAGUGAUUCUCAAGUACAGUGGUACCUUCCAAUUUGACACUGGUCAUCACAACAAUUCUGGUCAAGGUGCUUAUUGGGAAUGCAAGGGCAAAUCAUUAGUAUCUUGGACGGAUUUGCCAAACAAAAUCAAUGUGGAACAAGAUCUCUUUGUGAUAAUAAAAGGCCCUGUAACGGUAUCCAAUAGUUAUGUCAACAUUCAUCCUGCAAGUGAUCGUGAUGUUGGUUGGAUAGAAUCUCAUAUUAUGAUUUCACCACCUUCUUUGGUCAACGAUGACGAACUGUAUUACCAACUAGAACAACAAGAUGAUGAAACACGACUUGUCCUUCAUUUGCCUCCUUGGGAUGGACAACAUCAUGGACAUGAACGGCCCUGUGUUCAAGUCAAAAUGGAUAUUUACUUACCUGACAAGAUCAAAUCAUUACGUGUCAAUGUCAACAAUAUGCCCAUAAAAGUAACCCGUGGUGGAGAUACAUUCGACGAUAAUAUCGUAAAGUUGGAAACUGAUCGUGUAGAGCUUUCUACGACAAAUAGCGCCAUUCUAUUCGACACAGCAUACUGGGAAGGUGAUACCAUGUCAUUGACAACCACAAACGGUCCCAUCACAAUCUCUGGUAAUAUGGAAGCCGAUGAAUGGAUACAUGUACAAUCUUCCAAUGGUCAUUUGGUCUCUGCAGGCACAAUGACAGCUAAAGACAAGAUCGAACUUACGUCCACCAACAGCAAAAUCAGCACUCAAUCUCUUAUUGUAAAGGAUAUUUUACAAGUCUCCACUACCAACGGUGCCGUUCAACUUGGAUCUCGGAUCUCUGGUGAUCAUCUUCUUAUCCGUUCUACCAAUGGUGCCUUGACCCUACCAGAGCUAGUUGCUGAAUCUUCCUUGACUGCUACCACCACCAACGCAGCUAUUGUAGCUCAUGUUAUUGCUGAAAAGGAUCCAAAAAUACGAUUCUCCACUACAAAUGCGCAUGUCUCUGUGAAAAUGGUAAUAUCAAAUAAUAAUAAUAAUAAUAAAAAAAAAAAAAAAAAGGAAAAACAUGUAUAGACUGAUUUUUUAUUAUUCUUGUUGUUAUUCGUAGACAAAUGAAUUCGAAGGUCGUGUGGUUGCCCAGACAUCCCCAUCAGACAAGGUAGUCAUUGACGAUGAUCAUAUUGCCUAUGAUAUCAACUUACGCCAUUAUAAACAAGGUCAACGACUCAAAGGGGAUGGUGAUUUGUCUAUCGAUACCUCCAAUGACGAUAUCCGCCUAUCUUUUGUAUGAUUGUGUUAAUUAUCAUUUUAGUUAGUUGAUUAUUUAUUCCCCUUUUAGUUUGAUCAAGUCAAUAAAAAAAAAUAUUAUAUAUAUAUAUCCAAUUUUUAUAUUUGAAUGCAAUAUCUCUAUCUUCUUCCAUACCAUUAUUCCAUCAUCAUCAACUUCGUUUAUUCGAUCAUCGUCUUAGAAAC